CCUUAAUGCGAGUACAGCACGUUGCUACCCGGAGGCUCCUGCGCUACAACCCGACGCGGCCGGCGCCGGAAGUGAGCUUCCGAGGCGCCUCCAAGAGCUGCCACGUCCGAGCCCGGGAGCUGUUGCCACCGUCGCCGCAGCAGCCAUGGUGUCAGUAAUUAACACUGUGGACACUUCUCAUGAGGACAUGAUUCACGAUGCCCAGAUGGACUACUAUGGCACCCGCCUGGCAACCUGCUCAUCAGACAGAUCUGUCAAAAUCUUCGAUGUGCGCAACAGCGGGCAGAUCCUCAUCGCAGACCUCAGAGGUCACGAGGGUCCUGUGUGGCAAGUGGCCUGGGCCCACCCCAUGUAUGGCAAUAUCCUGGCAUCCUGCUCCUAUGACCGGAAAGUCAUUAUCUGGAAAGAGGAAAACGGCACCUGGGAGAAGACACAUGAGCACACGGGACACGACUCCUCAGUAAACUCUGUGUGCUGGGCCCCCCAUGACUAUGGUCUGAUCCUGGCCUGUGGGAGCUCGGAUGGUGCCAUCUCCCUGCUGACCUACACUGGGGAGGGCCAGUGGGAAGUGAAGAAGAUCAACAAUGCUCACACUAUUGGCUGCAAUGCCGUCAGCUGGGCCCCUGCCGUUGUACCUGGAAGCCUCAUAGACCAGCCAUCAGGGCAGAAGCCCAACUACAUCAAGAAGUUUGCCUCUGGCGGCUGUGACAACCUCAUCAAGCUGUGGAAGGAGGAGGAAGAUGGUCAGUGGAAGGAGGAACAGAAGCUGGAAGCACACAGUGACUGGGUUCGAGAUGUGGCUUGGGCCCCUUCCAUUGGCCUACCCACCAGCACCAUCGCCAGCUGCUCCCAGGAUGGUCGUGUGUUCAUUUGGACCUGUGAUGAUGCCUCAAGCAACAUGUGGUCUCCCAAACUACUGCACAAGUUCAAUGAUGUUGUGUGGCAUGUGAGCUGGUCCAUCACAGCUAACAUCCUAGCUGUCUCAGGCGGAGAUAAUAAGGUUACCCUGUGGAAGGAGUCAGUCGACGGGCAGUGGGUGUGCAUCAGUGAUGUCAACAAGGGCCAGGGUUCCGUGUCCGCUUCAGUCACAGAGGGCCAGCAGAAUGAGCAGUGACAAGACAGGCGGGGCCCAGCUCCCCAUCUGCAGACUCCAGGACUGCCCCUUCCUGGGCCGACUGACCAAACAGCUGGUAGCAAGAGUCUUCAACGCCAAGAUAACUUUCCCAGGAGUAGUUAAAACUGCAACCAGAUUGAUCAUCUGCCUUGACAUGAUUUGAUAUGGUUUCAAAUUCACUGUCUGGCUGAAAGCACUCAAGGAAAAAAACUACAAAUGAUCUUCAAAUCUAUUAUUUUAAAAUAUUUUUGGCCAUUUUUAUGUACUUUUUGGGUUCAGGCAUUUUUGGGGGGUGUUGUUUCCAACAUAAUUAAACAUUGUUUAUAAUUCGCCCUAAUUAGCCUCCCUAAAAAAAUUCAUUUUGACUCUUGUUGGUCACUGUACUAGAACAUUAACCUGUUGGCCUGGCAAAACCCCACCUACAAAGCUGGUCUGUCAUUGUGUAAGCAUCCUUGUGAUAGUUUAUACAGAAGAUACUGUACAAAACACUGUAAAAGGAGUGUUAGACCUGGUCUUCAGUUACAGAGACUGUAACCUUGGCUCUGCUACUUAGCCUGAGAACACAUCCUCUUCUGUAGAAAUAAAGUCUGCGCUACAGAAUGGUCA